AUGGCUAGUACUUGUAAUAUUGGUGGUGAGGAAGUGGUGAGCAACAAGCAAGUGCUGCUUAGGGACUAUGUGAGCGGUUUUCCAAAAGAAUCAGACCUCUAUAUGACUACAAGUACCGUAAAACUCAAAGUAGGAGAAGAAGAAGAAAAUGGUAAAAAUGCUGUGUUGGUUAAGAAUCUCUACUUGUCUUGUGAUCCUUUCAUGCGUGGUCGCAUGCAGAGAGAUUUGCCUUCUGGUGAACCUGAAUUCUCUUCCUAUUCUCUUGGCUCUCCAAUCGUUGGAUAUGGAGUGGCUAGAGUCAUUGAUUCUAGUCACCAUGACUUCAAGAAAGGUGAUUUGGUAUGGGGAAGGACAAUUGGUUGGGAAGAAUACAGUCUACUAACAACACCUCAAUACCUCUUUAAAAUUCAUCAUACUGAUGAUGUACCCCUUUCCUACUAUACUGGAAUUCUUGGAAUGCCUGGUUUGACCGCUUAUGUUGGCUUCUUUAACAUUUGUUCUCCCAAGAAAGGAGAGUUUGUCUACAUUUCAGCAGCUUCUGGUGCAGUUGGUCAGCUUGUUGGGCAGUUUGCAAAGUUGAUAGGUUGUUAUGUUGUUGGAAGUGCUGGAAGUAAAGAGAAGGUUGAACUAUUGAAGACCAAGUUUGGAUUUGAUGAUGCUUUCAACUAUAAAGAAGAAUGUGACUUGGAUGCAGCCUUGAAAAGCAACGCAGUUAUGUCAUAUGUGGCUAGAAAGCUGAUUUGUCCUAUGGAAUUCAAAGUUGAGAUUUUUGAUUUUGCAUUUGUAUUCGGAUCAGAAGACACGAAUUGUAGUGGUGAGACAGUGAGAAACAAGCAAGUGUUACUCAAGAACCAUGUGUCUGGUUUCCCCAAAGAAUCAGACAUGUAUGUUGCCUCUACUACUAUUGAACUCAAAGUACCAGAAGGUUGUAAUAACGGGGUUCUUGUCAAGAAUCUUUAUCUUUCUUGUGACCCUUAUAUGAAAAUCUUGAUGAGCAAGUCCUUUGAUCCGAAAACUUUCCUUGCCUAUAUCCCAGGCUCUCCAUUACGUGGAUAUGGAGUGGCUAAAGUGUUGGAUUCAAGGAACCCGGAUUUUAAAGAAGGUGACUUUGUUUGGGGGACAGUAGGCUGGGAAGAGUACAGUCUCAUCACUUCAUUUCAAACCUUCUUUAAAAUUCAGCAUACUGAUGUACCCCUUUCAUACUAUACAGGAAUUCUUGGUAUGCCUGGAAUGACUGCUUAUGCUGGUUUCCAUAAGAUUUGUUCUCCCAAGAAAGGAGAAUAUGUUUUCAUUUCUGCAGCAUCUGGUGCUGUUGGUCAGCUUGUUGGGCAAUUUGCAAAGUUGAUGGGUUGUUAUGUUGUUGGAAGUGCUGGAAGUAAAGAAAAGGAUCACAUUGCUUCAGGAUUUGAUUGUGUCAGGGUUGAUUUAUUGAAGAACAAACUUGGGUUUGACGAGGCCUUCAAUUACAAAGAGGAGCAAGACUUAGAUGCUGCUUUGAAAAGACAGAGAGAGUGCUGGAGUUUAACAAUGGCAGGUAGUGGUGAAACAGUGAGCAACAAGCAGGUGCUACUCAAGAACUAUGUGUCUGGUUUCCCAAAAGAAUCAGACAUGUAUGUUGCCACUGGUGCUAUUGAACUCAAGGUACCAGAAGGUUGUAAUAAUGGGGUUCUUGUUAAGAAUCUCUAUCUUUCUUGUGACCCCUAUAUGAGAGUUUUGAUGCAAAAGUCCAUGGAUCCACGGACUUUCGCUUCCUAUACUCCAGGAUCUCCAUUACGUGGGUAUGGAGUGGCAAAAGUGCUGGCUUCAGGGCACCCGGAUUUUAAAGAAGGUGACUUUGUUUGGGGCACAGUAGGCUGGGAAGAGUACAGUCUCAUCACUUCAUUUCAAACCUUCUUUAAAAUUCAGCAUACUGAUGUACCCCUUUCGUACUAUACAGGAAUUCUUGGUAUGACUGGAAUGACUGCUUAUGCUGGUUUCUAUGAGGUUUGUUCUCCAAAGAAAGGAGAAUAUGUUUUCAUUUCAGCCGCAUCCGGUGCUGUUGGUCAGCUUGUUGGGCAAUUUGCGAAGUUAAUGGGUUGCUAUGUUGUUGGAAGCGCCGGAAGUAAAGAAAAGGUUGAUUUAUUGAAGGAAAAAUUUGGGUUUGAUGAGGCUUUUAAUUACAAAGAGGAGCAUGACUUAGAUGCUGCUUUGAAAAGGUCAGUAUAUGUCAAUGUUAUUGCAUUAAUGAUAACUCUCUGA